GAAUUGUUUCUACACCAUCUUUCCAGGUUAUAUGGACCUAAUCCAUCCCAGGUUUGCCUUUUUGGUGUCCAAGUUGACAGAGCUUGAAGAUUACUCAAAAGUCAUCCUGAUUGAUCUGGCAACAGAUUACGCCCGUCUGUACCUUCCUAAACCGACGGAUGAUAGUAUGGCACCGGAAUUAACUCUUUUGGACUCCAAGUUGCGCUCUCUCAUUUACUCUUCCUCUGCUAACGUCGUGCUCGCUCUGGUGCGCUUCUACGUAAACGUGCUGCCAUUCAAGUUGGACGAAAUACCGCUGGCAAAAAUGCUUGUCAAGUUUUUGGGUGACGACGAGGUCACGCUCUACGUGCUCAAAGAGAUCGUGUACUUGCUUGACCAUGAACUGGUGAAAUUUUCAAACUCACAGCUGUCGUACUACGUUCCUCUUCCAAAUGAGCCCUUCAAGAUCAGCGAAUUGAAAGUGUACAUCUUGGUUAAGCUGCUCAACACACAAAAUUUCGAUCAGAUUUUCACAGAACUAGUUUUCCUGUUAAACACGGGCUCCACACAGCUCAAGUUAGCAGUAGUAAGGCUACUCAACCAAUACCGUGGCACGGCCGAACAGAAAGCCAAGAUAGGCCAAUUAUACCUCUCAAGGCUCGACUCCGAGAACGAAGAGCUUCUGGUUGCAGAGUAUGUCACAGGACUGCGGAUUAUGGUGCAGAAUGACCUGUUUGGAAAUAUCGACGUGCUGAUAAAGCUCACAGGAAAACUGGUGAAUGAGAGAGAGCUUACGCCUGUUGCCAGAGCUUCGAUCAUAUGGCUUGUGGGAGAGUUUUCAAACCAGCAAUAUCAUGACGACAAAUCAGUAGCUCUAGCCAAUUUCCUGCCCGACUUGAUGCGAAUCCUUGUGCGAGACUUUAGGAAACAGGAGUACCUGGUCAAAGUGGAGAUUUUAACAGCCCUGACAAAAUUAGUCUCGAAAGAACUGUAUGCUAGCAAGCAGCAAGGAGAAGAGUACAACUACGAAAGCUUGAUAUGGAAAUUGUUCAACUUCGUCUUGCAGCUUACCAAGUAUGACUCCAACGUCGAUCUAAGGGACAGGUCAAGGAUGAUUGGAUCGAUUCUUCCCAACGUGGUUUAUCUCGACCAAGACCUCACUGCUACCACUGCUAUAGAAUUUCAGCAAUACUACGGACAGAAAGCCUAUGUUUUGGAGAAAUGUGCGGAGAAACUGAAUGAGGUGGAGCUUUCUAUUUUGCUUUUCCAGACAUCAAAACCGGCUCCUAUAUCUACGGAUUCCUCGGUAAACAACAGCAAUAUAAACAAAUACAACCAAGUUACGCCACAAGAGCUGAACUCAGAGCUCCUUGAAUACUACAACGAGCUGCGUGCACAGGAAUUCCAACUGAAGGAUUAUAACCAGCACAAGUCAAUUUCUCACGCUGCAAAGCCUCCACCGGUUGUGAACUCUGCCACGACGAUAAACAUCGAGCCAAGACAGAGUGCAAGAAAGUACAAGUUGCAAACCCUGGACGAUUUCCUGAAAGAAAAAGGUACGCUGAAUGUGUUUGGAGGUAGCGAAGACGAAUCGGGACCGGAAGACGAGGAAGACGAGGCCGACGAAUUGGCCACCGCUGACGACGACGAAGAUGCGCGCGACUCCGAAUUUGAAAAAUCGAGUUGAAAAACUAUUUUUUAGCGCAUUUCAUAAAGUUUAAAAUUUAAUUCAAUGUCGUCCUUUCUAGGGUUAGGAGGCUCCAAAAGCAACUCGGGUGCAGGCUCUUCGUUGAGCUCUGUGCAGACUCAGCAGGUCAAGGACCAAGUCAAGUCUUCCAUCGCUACGGAAAUGGCCACCGCAUACGCUACCUCACUGGUGAACUCAUUGACUGAAAAUUGUUUCGAUAAGUGUAUCUUACAGCCAUCAUCGAGCUUGACCUCAGUUGAAGAGAACUGCAUUAACGACUGCGCGUCCAAGUUCAUGAGAUCGUGGAACCUGAUUUCUAAGUCAUACAUUGCUAGGAUCAACAAUCCAUAAAAGACGGUAGACAAAAUCAGCCGGGUCAAGUUCUCCCCAGUAUGUACAUAGCAGAUGUGCUCCAGGUCUGCACUUUUGUUUAGUCUUUGAGCUCUGCCAAAAUGAAUCCAAGAUUUAC